AUGGCUGCCCAGGUAGCCAAAACGCUAUGCGGGAAGUUGCUUUGAAUUUGAAUGUUUAAUUUCAACGAUGUUUAUUAUAGAAUUUUUAAUAUAAAUACAAAACGAAACAAGUUUUAAGAAAUAAUAUUCAUCCUGCGUAAGACGAAACGAUUGCUGGUUUGCAGUCCAAUCGCGAAACAUGGGACGUAGAGCGAAGUAUGCUGAUAAUUUGAAACCUUCGAAACAGAAAACUGAGGAAAGCAAAUCGAAUCAUGACAGCUCGGCUUACCAGUUACGAUUGUUGUUACAUUUUAUGAAACGCGCUAUAAACAAUGGACUGGAAUUUCAACUUACAUUGGAAAGAUUCGAAAAUAUUAUGCUAAGGGGCAUCGAUGGGGCUAGCGAACAAGAAAUUCACCGAUUUCUCCAUGUUGCAGAUCUGCAAGAUAAAUUUGCAACAAUAAAUGAAAGUAAUUUACUGAACGAUGGUAGUCAAUUUGGAGUACAGAAAUGUUAUAUUUCGUAUAGAGAAAUUUUGCAGAAUCCGCAGUAUAGAAAGUCGUUUAAAGCAUUUAUAGUUUGUACUCAAGCUAAUGUGGAUGAUAACAUCAAAGAGUGGUUUCAAGAGGUCAGCGAACAGGACAGUAUCUUGAACUAUGGGACACAAGAUUCGAAACGGUUGAAAUUUGUGAAGACAUUUGCACAGAAAGAAAAUUUGAUUGCUGCCAUAAUCGAAUCUUCCGAUUUGUUUGUGUUGACAACAAAGCUUGCCAAAUGUGUGUUGGAAAACAAAACCGUAUCAAUGGAAGAUGCUAUAUUUCGUAAAUAUAACGUGGUGCUUGGUACAAAAGUUGUCGAUUCCGAUCAUCCCAUAUUGAAGGAACACAGCGGAUUUAAGAAGAAGCAACAAACUUGGGUUCAUUAUUUCGUCAAGUUUCGUGAAGAAUUUUUCACCGGAGGUUCGUCCGAGCUGACUACUUUCAAAGAAGCAUUCGUUAGAGCGUACCAAACUAUGUCACGCAUAGAUGAAACCGAAAUUUGGGAAAAACUGAAAACGGUUGAGUUACGUGUCACGCAGGGUUUUCUAAAGAAAGCCGAAACUCGCUGGACUGACUUACCAAGUAAUAAGAUUUCUACUGAUGAAAUUGAACAGUUUUUCGAUGUACUUGUGUUUGCUGUAAAGCAACCCAGUCUCGAAGAGUUGAAUGCCGUCAUCGGAGAUGAAAUGGGUGAACAUUGGUUACCGAAAGCAAUCGAUAAUGAGAUUGUAUCAUCCGUCCUUCAGAGAAAACUACUCAAUUGGAUAAAGGUUACCCAUAAAAACUCAACUUUCAAGCAUCCAGAUGGAUUGGCCUUUUUGGAGCAAGUGAAAUAUUACAUACACAAGAUGGGAACAACAUUUCCCGGUAUAAGUUGUGAGUUAAAAAUGAAACAUAUCGGUUUGGUGUUUUCGAAGCAACUCGCAGCAGUUGUAGAAUUCUUAUACUCAUCAGAAAAACAAGUUUUGAACAUCAGAAGUCCACACAGUGUCGAACUAACAGCGCUCAAGGUAUAUCAAACUGUGAUGAACGUACGACCACAUGAACAGAAUAGUUACGUUUGCGCAACAUACAAUUGUUUACUAGAUAUGGGAUACAAUGCAAUUGCUAGGAUGAGCACAAAACAAUCAUUGAAUCUACUUCUCAUCGAGUGUAGACCUAUGACCAGAAACAAUGAUACCAAGCAUGCUGAAAUGUGUGUGAGUGUAAAUUUUCAUCUUAAAAGUUUUCUGAAUCUGUUUCCACACAGAAAAAUUUUACUAAUAACCAAAGGAGAGAAUAUGUUGGCAAAUGAGUUUAAGAAAGAAUUUUCUAAAAACUACAAGGAAUGUGUAGAUGAAACAGGAAACCUUAUGGAUCUGGAAUCUCCGGAAAAAUUGCUGGAUACCAAAAAUAUUAUUUUUCAGGGAUCUUCGGUUCCCCUGAAACAAGCUGUGGACGGUGGCAGUCUUCGGUUAGUGAAUGAUGAAAUAAUAUCCAGACUGAUUGCCAAUCACGAUGUACUAGUUGGACAAACACAACCGGAUUUACGAGAGCUUUCGACCGUGUACUGUAGAUCAUCGAGGAAGGUAAAGGUGGAACAGCUUCGAGAAACGUUACUCUCAACGGAUCACAGACACGUACUUGUGAUCGAUGGUUUCAAAGAUAAACAGGAAGUUUCGCAAUGGCUUUCUGUGUGUUCGAAUAAAGUGAUGAAUUCGGAAGAGAUUCCCGACAUUUGGGAUGGGAACUGUGUGGUUGUAGCCGGUGCAGACAAUGGGAAGCAGCUGGAAAAGUUCAAGAAAAUUUGCAAUCGUUUCGAUCAUGGAGAUUUUCCGUUAACGGGUCACUUUAUAGAGAAAAUUUGCGAUGAGGUGACUUGGAAUUAUUCGUAUGAAGCUUUUUGUUAUAUUCCACGAAAUUUUAACGGAUUUUGGAUUAGUUGUGAGACAUUGAGGCAGACUGUCGAGCAAGAAUCCAGUCGUAUCAGCAAUAAGAGAAAAACCAUUUUUGCAAUUAGUGGACUAAAUAACGCAAAUAAACUUCUAGGAAAUACUACGCAAAUUGAAAACAUUACUAGAGAUGGAUGCGUGUUCAUGGUUAAUCUGGGAAAUACAACAUUUGAUGAUUUGUGCAGAAGCGAUGAAAUCAAAGAAUACAAUAUCCAUUGGUUUCAAAAUGAAAAGGAUGAGUUGCGUUGGGUUCGCUCCAGAGGUAGUGUUCGCGAAUUGCGGGAUCUGUUUGGGGAAAGCUCUAAGCAAUUACUAACUGAUGAAGUCACGCUGUUGAACCAAGAGAACAUGAUCAUCAUUGCCGGUGAACCAGGAUCGGGAAAAUCAACUACUUUGAAGUAUUUGACGAAAAAAUUAAAGAAUUCCGAAUGGGUCGUAUUCCUCAAUUUAGAGUCAUUACGAAACAAGAUAGAGUGGAUGAAGGGAGACUACAGCCUGAAUAGUAUCGUGAAGAAUUUUUUCAGUCAACUCAAUACCUGGGGAAUGCACGAAUUUUCACAAGGAUUGUUGGAACAUCGAAUCCGACAACGAGGAAAAGUCACACUAAUAUUUGAUGGAUUCGAUGAAUUAGAAAGUAAACACCAGGACAAAGUGAUUCAGAUAUUGAAAAGUUUGAGAUUCACGAAAGCGAGAAUAAUUGCAAGUACGCGGAAUAGCGCAAAGCAUCGUUUGGAGAACGCCCUUGGAGUAUUGGCUUGGACGUUGGUGCCGUUGACUGACGAGCAGAUUCAAUUUUCGAGUAACAGAUGGACUUCGAGUUUGAAGCUAAUGCAAGGAGAUACUGUGGAUGAGCAAGUCCUGACAAACUACGCAGAUAAAUUAAGUCGAAACUUCCACAAAUCUAUUCGUAGCGGCAAAUACGAUCUCAUAGGAAUUCCACUGCUGUUGCAAAUUAUUACCGAUAUUCAUCAAAGUUGCGUGGAGGAUUUCUGUUUGAGUAACAAUACCCUUCAGGAUGUGGACACGAUGUGUAUUCUGGAUGUGUACGAGAAGUUUGUCCAAAGAAAACAUGAUAUUUGUGUGCGAGAAAAGCUCCCACAAUUUCAAUCUGCUGAUUCCGCGAUUAAAAAUAUACGCACAUCAAUCGAAAACCACAGAAACUUUGCUGUAUGGAGACUUUUUGGAUUGAGUCAGACCGAAUCUUUUAGUAAGGCUUUAGGCAAGAAGCAAAAAUGUGAUUUGGAACCGGUCGGAAUCGUACAAAACGGACGUUUUAUCCACCGAACUUUUGGCGAAUACUUUGUGGCAGAUUUGUUAAUAAGUUUUCUUAAGGAUCGUCGUGACGAAGGAAGUCCUGACUAUGGGCGAACUGUUGAAUUUUUAUUGUUGCACAUUCCCCGCAAAAGUUUCCGUCCAAUUCUUAAAUUUAUGACAGAAAAAGUUGAAAAAGAACGAGAUGAUUUGUUGAGGCGACGUUGGAUUCGGAUUACGAGUUGUAAUCUUUCGGAAAAUGUACCAAUAACAUUUAAAAUGAAUAUUACAGACGCUCUUUUCCAAGGAGAAACUAAAGAUUUUCUCAACAUGAAGGAAAUAACUUCUUUUGAUUUACCUGAUAAAAUAGAGAUGAAAUCGCUUAGCGUGUGGCAGUAUUAUACCGAUGAAUAUUUUUGCAAUGAUAAAAUGAAGAUUGUCCGUGUUGGUGAACUAUUCAAAGAUAUAUUCCCCGUAGAAUACAGAGCAGGCAUUACUCAAACAUUUUAUGUAUUGAAAAAUGCCAAUUUAUACUCACAUUAUAAAAGUGCUGAUAAGGUUUGUGAGGAGUUUCUUCAAAUCGCAUUGUUCAACUAUUUCAAAGCAGUUCCGAAACAGGAAAUAAUAUCCGAAUCGAAGUUUAUGAAGGAGCCUCAGUCGAUGUCAACUGAACCAUUGGUACGAGAAAUAGUGGAUUUAUUAGAGCAACUAAAAUGUAAGACGAAUGUCGUUCAAAAACUGGGACCCAUACAAAAACUAGUCAAUUUGCUCAUUCCACAUGAAACACAGACUGCUCCUUCGGAUGAGGUUUUGAAAACUUUGAGUUUUCUGUUUCUGUAUAUAUCAUUGUUUCAUCCUGCUGUGCCCGACCUUUUGAAGUCCUAUAUUAGUUCCAGUUCUGAUACCAAACGUGACUACCUGAUGAAAAUCAUUCAUUUCGCAUCGAAAAUACCCUGUGAACUGCUGUCAAGUCAAACUACGAAAGCGUUACGUGAUUUUCUUAUUAAUUUAUGCCACAGUGAAGAUACGAAAUAUUUUCUAGUCGAAACUUUUGAAGGAAAGGAUCCAGACUGGCUGAGCCGAGAGGGGCUUUCAAUAAUUUGCUUCCUAGAAAUUCUUACACCGGAAAUGGCGGGUCGUUUCCGAGAACAAAGCGUAUCAUCGAAUGAUACGAACUGGGAAUCGCAAUUCAUCGCUAUGAAAUAUCUUCUGGAUGGAAUCCAGCAGGACAGGCUUCCUCACGUUGACAAAUCGGCUCUAAUAACAUUCCUAAUGGGAUGUUUACAGCGUUUCCUGGGAUCUAACAAUUCACAAAAUGCGCAACUAACCUUUACGGAUAAACAACUGCAGACUAUGUUAGGACUCUUAUCCGAAGCCUUGAUAUCAUCCGAUUACUCUUUGGCAGAGUACGUCCGAAAUCUUAAUCUACUGGCCAACGCAGGUCUUAGUUUGAUUGAUUUUCACGGCGAAAUACUGAUAGCCGACCCAGAGAGUGAUUUCCAGUUUAAAAUGACGGGAGAGUACGUGGCCGAAGCUAUUCAACGUUUCUAUCGGCUCAAGGAUAAUGUCAACGAGCUGCCGGAAGUGUUGUUCUCGAACCGAUACAACAAAAUCGUAAAAUCCGAGAAGCGACCAAUCUCCGAUGACGUUGCUGAGGAGUCCAAACGACGGAAAUUUAACUGUUGAUACAUGAAAUGAGAAUAAUUUUAAUUCGCUUGUUGAGUUUUUGAUACUAUUUUUUUUUAUAAAAAUCGAAUAAACAAA